GGAAGGACACAGACAGAAAGACCGCCAAGACUUUAAGGAGUGGCUGAAGAAGAAAGGGGCGGAGGAGGGGGCAUGCCUGGGCAAGUGCCCCCGGCGAAAUAGGUUUAGGGAGUGAAGGCAGAUUCCAUUCUUGAGCUCUUUUUUUGUUCUUCUGCAUCUAAUAUUUAGAUCUUCUCUCAUUGUCUAUGUAUUAUAGGAAAUUUUGAGACGUGAGAUGGAUAAAUUUGUUAUUGAUGAUGAAGUUAUUAUGCAGCGCUUUCAAAAGUUGACAUCUCGAAAAAAAUUUCUACGGCCUUAAACAACUAUUACUCCUUUACAGAUAUAGAAGAGAAGCCUAUAAAAACGUAGCAGAUCCCUGGGAAUUAUUUACUCGGAGCGAUCGAGAGGAAAAUCAAAGGAUAUACGCUGAUAAGAAGAAAACCUCCAGAAAGUGAAAUCAAAUGGUGAAGGUCAACUCUAUCCGCUCCCAAUUCUCCGUCGCCGUCUUCUUCAUCUCCUUCGCCGUCUCUGCCAUUUCCGGAUCUGUAAGUUCCCAAUCCAUCAUCUUUUUUGGAUCGUCGAGCAAUAAUCGAUCCGCGUUUAAUCGUUCUGUUUUUUUUUCACCCUUGUAUUUCGGGUCAAUCAAGGAUCCGGAUUGUGUGUAUACAGUUUAUGUGAGAACCGGGUCAAUCCUGAAAGCCGGAACGGAUUCGAACAUCACGUUGACUCUCUACGACGCCGGCGGCUAUGGGAUCAGGAUCAACAACCUCGAGGCCUGGGGUGGGCUUAUGGGCCCGGAUUACGACUACUUCGAGAGGGGGAAUCUGGACAUCUUCAGCGGGCGCGGCCCGUGUCUGACUGGGCCGGUCUGCCUCAUGAACCUCACCUCCGACGGUACCGGCCCGCACCACGGCUGGUACUGUAACUACGUCGAGGUCACCGUCACCGGCAUCCACCAGAACUGUAGCAAGCAGACGUUUACGGUGGACCAGUGGCUGGCCACCGAUACUUCGCCGUACGAGCUCACCGCCGUCAGGAACAACUGUGGUGACGGAAUCUCCGAGCCGCGUCUCGCCGACGGCUCCGAAACUGCCGGGAUUGUUGCUGUCAUGUGAGAGAGAGAGAGAGAGAGCCGGAGGAGAGGUGUUGGUGGGGUGGGCGUUUUAGGAAUUUUGAAAUACUCCGUACGUAUAUUUUACAGACUAUGUUUGUCAAUCAUGUCACAUGGGUUUGUGCUGUUCCGCAAUAAUGUUGAUUUAAUAGGGUCGUUGGACCACGGCCCAAUCUCUCUUUAGUUUCUUAUUUUCUUGUAUGAAUAAAAAUAGUAAAAUUUGCAGUGAAUA